AUGAAAGAGAUCCAUCACAAGGGGGGUGGAAGGACUGGAAGUAACACAUCCACUUGGGGUGGCAGGGGUGAUGUUGGAAAUGGCCAUGGGAGCAAAACUACUGCAAGGUUGCUAGGGAAACAAAUUUAUGGAGCAACACCAAAUCCAUCAAUAGGUACUCCUUCCAACCCUUCUCUUAAUCAAGAGACUUUUGCUAGUGCUCUGGUUGAGAAGCAAUCUGGCACAUCUUGGGAAGGUACGUCAUUUGCAAAUGAUGUAAUCUUUAAUGGUGGAAUCUCUAACCAGUCAGUGGUUGUUGAGGUUGCAAAGGAUGGAGGAAAUAUGAAGUCUUGGAAUAAAGCCAAAGAUAAGGGGAAGGAGAAAAUAAAUGAAGAGAAGGGUGGCCAGAUUACCAUUGAGCUCCAAACUAGUCCUAGUGCUGUGUGUGGAGUUGUUCCUUCCCCAAACAAAUUUCAGGCAUAG